AUGCGGAUAUGCCCGCGGUGGCAGCCGGUCCACGAAGGAACUGUCCCCGACUCCUGGAGCUUGGGGUCCACGACCCCACACGCACACCACCCCACUGCGGCGACUGACCGUGACCUCCUGAAGGCCAACGGGGCCGAACUCGCCCCCAACUUCGCCUACCACACAGACAACCAAAUGGUCGACACGGUCGAUCCUGCCUUCUUCGGUCUUCACGACGCGCAGGACGCCGCCUCCACGCGCCCUAUCCCAGCUCCGGUCCCUAGCCUCCGGCAGUGCGCGCGAUGCCUAGCGGUAUAUACCGACGAGGAGAACAGCGCCGACUCGUGCGGCAUGCCCCACGCUGCUGUCCCAGUCGUUGCCUGGAUAAGGGGCGACGAGGCGAUGUAUCCCGUACACUACUGGGCAUGCUGCGACACCUACAGGCUAGCGAUCCAAGUUCCAGGCCUGCUUCAACGGCCGUUUAACCCCGUAUGCCGGCGCACGGCGAUGCCACAUGUACCCCUCGCCGACUAG